AUGUUCUCAAUUGGCGAGGGUUCUGCGCACUCCGUCGAUAGGAAUUUGUAUUCUCACUCCCCACUACCGAAUCCACGAUGGGGAGGGGACUCGUCUUACCCAGGUCAUUCGCCCCUGUCUGGGCCAUUACCUGACCCAUUCGCUGAUUCAGCCCCGCCACGGUAUCAAUUUCAACAAGGCGCAUAUAUGCAGGAUAGUCGCCAAUUUCAAGCUCUACUUGAGCGCUGCAGGGCACUGGAGUUACGCGAAGUCCAGCUGAGUAUGGAACGUGAUACAAUCAAAGCAAUGUUUGAACAACUUGCAAGCUCUAUUCGGUCAUUCCAUUCAGAUCCCUUUCAGCCUCAUCAAUCCAACUCGCCGGUUAUUUGCCCAGCCUCUGGCGACUCCACUCGUCCCACUCGUCAACUCUACCCCAGUAUAUUGUUCUGGACUCAGGAUGACUAUAUGGAGUGGCUGGAGUCUGCUAGUAGCCGAACCGCUGAUCGCGGAAAGCUGCCAUAUCUUGAGGAUGCAGAUGGGGACCCAGUACCUGAAACCACCAUCAAGGCUAUUCGCAAGCUCCUUCGGGGGGGCUGGUCCGAACUUUUGAAUCGCAAAAUGGCCCCACCAUCAUGGGGGAAGGUGUCAGCCUCUGGGAGACAGCUGGUCCACUCACUAAUGGAGGGCACGUUCCCACUGUUCAAAUUUGCUGAUAACGGUUGGAAACUAGAUUAUCUUGCAACAUCUUCAUAUCCUUCCUGGCGCCGGAACAACCUCGACAGUGACAACAAUCGCAAGUCUCGGGACAGCGUCAAGAAAGAAGAAGAAGAUGCCAAUGACGACGACGACGACGACGACACUAACGAUGAACAGACUAGCAAGAAGCGCAGGCGCCCGACGAUGUCGCCUGUUGAGUCAAAGGUUCCUAUCAAGAAAACAAAAGUUGAUUCAUUUGCGCAACUUGCUUCACCAUCGGCAUCUCCAUCUCCAACUCACACUCCAAGUAUCUUAACGGCGAGUCUGCCUGCACUCGAUACACCCGCUGUGUCUACAACAAUGCCGUCUGCGGAGCCCGAGUCUAUUACUGACCCGGAAAUCACACCCUCAGUUUCCGAUCUUGGACCGGUUAAUACUGACAACGUUCUUGCGUGUCCCGAACCUGUACCUGUCACCAAUCUGGAUGACAUUCACACCACAAACCCUGUCAGCGCAGCUGACACUAGCUACCAGUCUCAAUCUGUCACCGUCCAUAAGCCUGUCAGAGUCACUCUCCCGAACCCUCUUUCUGUACAUUCUCUCGCUGCUGCAAAUGUCGACAUACCACCGUCUCCACAAGUCACACCAGUUCACCCUCUUGAUACCCCUGGUGCUAUAGACCCUCUGCUGGACGACAGCGCCAGCUUGAUCAUAAAGAAAGAGAAAGUGAGUAAAACUGGCAGCAAGUGUAAAAUGCGUCCAAGCCCAACAAAGAACGGACGUAACCUAUGUGCGCACCGCUGGCUCAAGCAGAUCAAUACCACUGGAUCGACGGACGAGUUCUGUAUCUAUUACAACAGUCUCAGCCAAGGGCAACGGAAGGAGUAUGAUGAUGAAGCAAGCAAACUCAUUGCUGAAGGGAAUUGGGACAAGACCGCCAUUAUUGCAGGCAAGAUGUACUAG